AUGGAACUUCUACAAAAUGUGACCUCUACCAUGUCCCAAAUCCAUGAUGAUGAUGGUGAUGAUCCAUAUCUUAAUGUUACUAUUCAACAUUGUGCAAAUUUCCUUGGCGAAAUUGCUGGAGUCUUGAAUUGGACCCUUUCUUCGAUUAAUCAGGAAUACACUAAAGCUUCAUCUGGAGGUUAUAAUCAAUCUUAUACAACAGGUGAUGUUAUUUCCCAUGCGAGGACGUUGUUGAAUGCUAGUCAUGGCAGCCAAGAAACAUGUAUGGAAGUGCUCAAUGGUACCAAGCACUCCAUGGUUGCAGGGAACCUCAAACAAGUGACCGCAUCUAUCUAUGAAAUCUUUGAUAUGUUGCAGAUGCUACAAGGUAGUCCUGAUUUUUCCAAGGCUACUGGUGCUAUACCAAUUGGUUCGACUGGACUUGAUGACUUCAAGAUUACGCUAAAACCAAACGUCACUGUUUCACAAGAUGGGAAGGGAGAUUUCAAGCUAAUAAUGGAUGCCAUCGCGGCUGCACCAAGUCACCCGACUAAGUACUUUGUGAUACUUGUUAAGAAAGGGGUUUACAAAGAAUAUGUGAACAUCAACAACGCAAAAUCGAAUAUCAUCCUGAUUGGAGAGGGUAAGGAUGCUACUAUCAUUUCCGGGAGUAAAAGCGCAGGUGGCGGUUUGGCAACAUUUGAUACAGCCACAUUUGCUGUUAGAGCCCAAGGAUUCGUCGCAAUUGACAUAGGGUUCGAGAACACAGCAGGUCAACAUAAUGCGCAAGCGGUCGCACUUCUGUCCGGCGGCGACCACUCUGUCUUCUAUCGGUGCAAGAUUACAGGAAAUCAAGACACAUUGCUCGUGCAAGCCGGCCGCCAGUUCUUCCGAGACUGCCAAAUCACCGGCACUGUCGACUUCAUCUUUGGCUACGGCACUGUCGUCUUCCAAAAAUGCAACAUUUACAUCAAGAAAAACCAAAUCGGCGGCACUAGUGUCAUCGCUGCCCACGGCCGUAACUCCUCAACAGACUCAUCCGGCUUUUCAUUCCAAUUCUGCAAUAUCUAUGGAGACCCUAAGGUGUCCGCUGUGGAGCCAACUCAACAAGGCGCGUACCUCGGUCGGAGUUGGGGCAUUUAUGCACGAACAGUGUUCAUGCAGUCGUCUAUAAGUGAUGUUCUAAGGCCGGAGGGUUGGCUUCAAAGGCGAACAGAUCCUGUAGACAAACUAUAUUUCGGUGAGUACCAGAAUUCUGGGCCUGGUGCGGCGCUUGGAGGCCGAGUGAAGUGGCCUGGUUUUCAUAAGAUGAGCGCAUCUGAUGCUCAUAAAUUUACAGUGGCCAACUUUAUUGAUGGGAAUUCAUGGCUAGCUUCGUUAGGUAUCCCAUACACACAAGGAUUGAAUCCAUCGGCCGAUCCGCCGGCCAAUCCGCCAAUGGCAGCUUCAACAAGCAUAGUCACAACCUACAAAAAGUUCAUUUCGAGUUUUUACACCAGCGAUUGA